UCCUGGGACUUGUGACACGUUGGAACCACUUGAGGAUAAAGCAGAGGUGGGGGGGCGACUGCCGCACCCGCACUUGCAGGCUAAAUGUGAGCAAAGGCUAUAAAGAAGGGCUUCGCUUGGUUCUUCUGCUGGAGGCUGGGGGUUUGUCAAACUCUUUAUCCCUUCAGAUCUUCUUUUGUUGUUGCCAACACAGUCCCCCUCUGCAGUAGAGCGAGUGAUUCAACCAAAAACCGACCAAAUCCCCAAAUCAGACAAAAUGGCGUCGCCGAGCCUCAAGCUUAGCAGCGGCUACGAUAUGCCCCAGGUGGGCUUCGGCCUGUGGAAGGUGGGCAACGACGUUGCCUCCGACAUUGUCUACAACGCCAUCAAGGCCGGCUACAGACUGUUUGACGGAGCUUGCGACUACGGCAACGAAGUCGAGUGCGGCAAGGGCGUCGCCCGCGCCAUCUCGGAGGGCAUCGUCACGCGGUCCGACCUCUUCAUCACGUCCAAGCUGUGGCCCGUCUUCGAGGACGGCGACCGGGUCGAGGAGGCGUGCAAGCGCUCGCUGUCGGACUGGGGCCUCGAGUACUUUGACCUGUACCUGAUCCACUUCCCCGGCGCGCUCAAGUACGUCGACCCCAAGGUCCGCUACCCGCCGGGCUGGCACUACGACGGCAAGGACGGCGGCAUCGUCCGCUCCAAGACGCCCAUGCACGUCACCUGGGCCGCCAUGGAGAGCCUCGUCGAGAAGAAGCUCGCCCGCAGCAUCGGCGUGUCCAACUUCCAGGCCCAGCUCAUCUACGACAUGCUGCGCUACGCAAAGAUCCCGCCCGCCGCCCUCCAGAUCGAGCACCACCCCUACCUCGUCCAGCAGGAGCUCCUCAACCUCGCCAAGCAGGAGGGCAUCGCCGUCACCGCCUACUCCAGCUUCGGCCCCGCCAGCUUCCUCGAGUUUGGCUUCAAGCACGCCGAGGCCCUCGUCCCGCUCAUGCAGGACGACCUCAUCACCAAGAUUGCCGAGAAGCACGGCCGCAAGCCCUCCCAGGUCCUCCUCCGCUGGGCCACCCAGCGCGGCCUCGCCGUCAUCCCCAAGACUUCCCGCGCCGACAUCCUCGCCGAGAACCUCGACUGCACCACCUUUGACCUCAGCCAGGACGAGAUCGACUCCAUCUCCGCCAAGGACUCCGGCCUGCGCUUCAACCAGCCCAACAACUACUUCCCCACCCAGGACAUGUGGAUCUUCGGUUAAGCUUGA